AUGGCUGCCCGACUGCGUGGAGUGACGAGUAAAUGCAUAUUCUGUACUCUUGCCCCUAGGCAGAUAACACCAAUCCUUUCACGACAACUCCCAGGCGCAAUCCCAGGAACAGUCCGCUACAGAUCUGUCAAGACAAAGCCCGCCUUCCGUAUCCUCAAAGACAGCUGCAAAAACCCCAGCGUCCUCACCAAUAACCAACUCACAAAGAUCCUCCGCUCCAUUUUUGAGCGCAUCCGACCCCCUUUCCUCCCCCAAGGCAGCGAUCGCUUCCCCUCUGACUCCAUCCUUCCUGAAUACCUUGCAGCCCUAGACCUCGAGCCCCAAAAGCUCGUGCAAAAGUUCCGCCUGUUCGAAAACGAUGUUCUCUUUGCCGCAAGCUCCAGCACAAAAUCCGAGUGGAAGUCUCCGCGCCAUGAGCUCUUCACCACGCGCUCCCAGAUCACCGCCGCAAUCUCCUCCAACGAUGGACUCCCGUUGUGGCUCAAAAAGCAAUUUCAGGCUUUCGUAGGCACGGAGGUGGCAAUUGCGGGGAAGGAUGUGAUGGGCAAGGUCGCGGAUCUGCGGUACCCGCAGGAGUGGUAUCCGAGCACAAGGCAUUACCAGCGCACAUGGUACUUGCACGUCGGCCCGACAAACAGUGGGAAGACGUACAACGCGCUGCAGCGCCUUAAGGAGAGCCAGAGCGGUGUCUACGCGGGGCCGCUUCGGCUGCUGGCGCACGAGGUCUACGAGCGUAUGAACGCUCAGGGCAUACCCUGCAAUCUUGUGACGGGUGACGAGCGCCGUGUUACGAGCGAGGAGGCCGGGAUCUACUCGAGUACGGUGGAGAUGGUGGAUCUGAGCCGGCGGGUUGAUGUCGCGGUGCUCGACGAGAUCCAGAUGAUUGGGGAUGAGGACCGUGGGUGGGCAUGGACGCAGGCGCUUCUAGGUGUUCGUGCGAAGGAGGUGCACAUGUGUGGUGAGGAGCGGACCGUGGAGCUCAUCUCGAAGCUGGCAAAGAUGAUGGGCGAGAAGUUGGUCAUCAGGCGAUAUACUAGACUUGGUGGGCUCCAGCUGAUGACGGAGAGUCUCAAGGGCGACCUCUACCAGCUCGAAAAGGGCGACUGUGUGGUUACUUUUUCGAGGAAGAACAUCUUUGCACUGAAGCGCGAGAUUGAGUCUACUACGGGGAAGAAAUGCGCUGUCAUCUACGGCUCCCUGCCCCCAGAAACUAGGAGUAUUCAGGCCCAGCUCUUUAACGACCCCAACAGUGAAUACGAAAUCCUCGUCGCCUCCGACGCCGUCGGUAUGGGACUCAACCUGAGCGUAAAACGUAUCAUUUUCGAAACGACCGUAAAGUUCAACGGCAAACAAAUGGAGCCCGUCUCCGUCCCUUCCAUCAAACAGAUUGCCGGUCGUGCCGGCCGCUUCCGCGUCCCCACCAGCAAAUCCGCCGAGACCCACGUUGACAUCAGCGCCUCCGCCGCGCUCUCCGCACCCCUCCCGGGGCUGGUCACCGCACUCGAUGACGAUGACAUGCCGCUGCUGCGGCAAUCCAUGGCCAUUGAACCACAGCCGCUCCGCUCCGCCGGGAUCCUCCCUUCCACCACCCACAUCGAGAACUUCGCAGCCCUCUUCCCGCCCGAUGCGCCGCUCGCCAAGAUCCUGCUCGCGAUGCGCAGUUCGGCGCAGCUCAACAAGAGCCUCUUCCACAUGUGCUCCUUGGAAGAUAUUUUGAUGACCGCGCGCGCGCUGGAGAGCGUUAAAGGCCUCACUAUCACGGAGAGACUCAUGUUUUGCAUGGCGCCCAUCAGCACGGACGAUGCUGUGCAGGCGGCCGCCCUUGAGAUGGCAGAAAUCUUGGCUAGCUCCCGCGACGGUAGCGUCCUUAAGUUGCAAACUUUCGACCUCGAGAUCCUCGAUAUCGAUAACCCGACGCAGCCCGAGGAGCUGCGUGCGCUUGAGUCUCUCCAUAAGAGUCUUCUGCUGUACCUAUGGCUCUCAUGGCGCUUCCCCGCAACCUUUACACCCCGGGAAACCGCACAGGAGCUCAAGGUUAUUUGCGAGUGUCUCAUCGACACGGCGCUUAAGAACAUCAAGUUGCCGCGCCAUAAACAUGUCCUCAAGGAACUCUUCAAGGAGGAGAAGGUGGUGGAGGAGGAGGAAGACGAGGACGCAAUCAUGGACCGCGAGGAGGAGGGCGAAAGCGUGGUGCCCCAUGUAAAUGGCGAGGCGGUACCGCUAGCGGACGGCGAGAUGGGCCUAGAACCGAAGGAGUGGGCAGUGGAGAGGGGCGCCGCGAUCUAG